AUGAGACUUACAAACUUGGUUCUGGCCGCCAGCGCCGCUGGUCUGGCUUCUGCGUACCCCCGCUCAAGGGAGGUUAUGCCCAAGCGCAGCGCUGAUGUGAAGAAGCGCUCUUCCGGCUUCACUUGGGUUGGUGUCAGUGAGUCUGGUGCAGAGUUUGGUUCCGCUAUUCCUGGAACCUUGGGUACGGACUAUACCUGGCCCACCACAUCCAAGAUUCAGGUUCUGCGGGAUGCUGGUAUGAACAUCUUCCGCGUUCCUUUCUUGAUGGAGCGUCUGGUGCCCGACAGCAUGACUGGUACCCCGGCUACCACAUACCUGGCCGAUCUCAAGUCUACUGUCAAGUUCAUUACCGACAGCGGUGCUUAUGCGGUUCUUGAUCCCCACAACUACGGAAGAUACUCUGGAAGUAUCAUCGAGUCGACCGCCAACUUCAAGACCUUCUGGAAGACCGUCGCUGCUGAGUUUGCUGACAACGACCUGGUCAUCUUCGAUACCAACAACGAGUACCACGACAUGGACCAGACUCUCGUUUUGGACCUGAACCAGGCCGCCAUCGACGGUAUCCGUGCCGCCGGCGCUACCACCCAGUACAUCUUCGCCGAGGGUAACGCCUACUCCGGCGCCUGGUCGUGGACUACCUACAACGACAACUUGAGCGGUCUGACGGAUUCCGAGGACAAGCUCGUCUACGAGAUGCACCAGUACCUCGACUCAGACAGCUCCGGUACCUCCGAGACCUGUGUCAGCACCACCAUCGGCAAGGAGCGCCUGGAGGAGGCCACCGCCUGGUUGAAGACGAACGGCAAGAAGGGUUUCAUUGGCGAGUUCGCUGGUGGUGUCAACUCUGACUGCGAGACUGCCGUCGAGGGCAUGCUCGCUUACAUGAGCGAGAACAGCGACGUCUGGAUGGGUGCUGAGUGGUGGUCUGCCGGUCCCUGGUGGGGAACUUACAUGUACAGCUUGGAGCCUACUGAUGGUACCGCUUACUCGACUUACCUUCCCAUCCUGGAGAAGUACUUCGUCAGUGGCACUACCUCUACCUCUACCUCUACCUCUACCUCGACCUCGACCUCGACCUCGGCUGCCGUGGCCGCCACUACAUCGGCCUCGUCUUCUUCCUCGUCUAGCUCCACUUCGUCUGCCUCUUCGACCUCGACCGCCCUGGAGGUCACCACCACCCCCAACAGCCAAGUCCAGGUCCCCAGUCCCUCCGUCGAUGCCGUCACCACCUCGGCUCCUAGUGCCUCUGCUGCCUCCGUCGCUCCCGCCAGUGAGCCAACCACCCUGUCCACUGUCUCCCUCUACGUUCCUCCCGCUGCAUCCACUGCCACCACCUUUGCCAUCGCCCCGUCCUCCAUCCAGUCGUCUGCCAGCGCUCCCUCCUCUACUGGAGCUCUCGUUGCUCACUACUACCAGUGCGGUGGUAUCAACUGGACCGGUGGCACCACUUGCGAGUCUCCCUACACUUGCAAGGUGCAGAACCCUUACUACUACCAGUGCGUUUAA